UAGGCCAGAACUAGCUUGUUUGCGUUCCCUUCUUGAUAACGUCACUUGUUAGUUGAGUUUUGUUCUUCGAGGUGUGAUCACAGGCAGACGAAUCGUUCUGGUGCAGUCGCGGAAGAGCCGUUGUGGAAUUUAAUUUAAAUUCAUAAAACCUUACGUUCAACCGGUAUGGCGACCAGUUUGUCGCUUUUAAAUAGAGUUAAGAAUUGCGCCGCGUUCGGGGUUCGGUAUGCGUCAUACGAAUGUACCAGGAAAAAUUUGAAAUUAACCGCGGAUACCAAAGUCAUCUGCCAGGGAUUCACUGGAAAACAGGGAACGUUUCACUGUGAACAAGCCAUCAAAUAUGGUACCAAAUUGGUCGGGGGAGUAACUCCUGGAAAGGGAGGCCAAACACAUUUAAAUUUACCAGUUUUCAACAGUGUUAGAGAGGCAAAAGACGCUACCGGAGCAGAGGCAACCGUCAUCUAUGUUCCACCACCAGGGGCGGCCAAAGCCAUCUUGGAGGCCAUCGAAGCCGAGAUGCCCCUGAUCGUAUGCAUCACCGAAGGGAUUCCUCAGCAUGACAUGGUACACGUGAAACGUGCUUUACUGUCCCAAGAAAAAUCUCGUCUAGUAGGUCCCAACUGUCCGGGAAUCAUAGCCCCGGAUGCUUGUAAAAUCGGAAUCAUGCCCGGGAACAUCCACAAGAAAGGUUCGGUAGGCAUUGUUUCUCGUUCCGGAACGCUGACCUACGAAGCCGUUCAUCAAACUAGCGAGGUCGGUCUGGGGCAAACACUUUGCGUUGGAAUUGGAGGGGACCCCUUCAAUGGAACCGAUUUCGUUGACUGUCUUCACAUAUUUAUGUGCGAUCCGGAAACCAAGGGAAUCGUACUAAUAGGAGAGAUCGGAGGCGUGGAAGAAGAACGGGCCGCAGAAUAUCUUUCUCAGUUUGUGGAAAGUGGCGAGUCUAAACCGGUUGUUUCAUUCGUGGCAGGCGUAUCGGCACCCCCGGGACGUCGGAUGGGCCACGCCGGUGCCAUUAUUUCCGGUGGACGUGGCGGAGCGCAAGAUAAGAUUAAUGCACUCGAGAAGGCAGGUGUAAUCGUUACCCGGAGCCCUGCUCAGAUGGGCAAGGAACUGUAUAGGGAAAUGAAAAGACGGGAACUGAUUGGUUGAAAUCUAAAGAAAUUCGACAAUAAAUGAUAAGUGGAAACUCAAUUUGACAUUUUCUCUAGAAAAAAUAACCUAAUAAGGCUGAUUUAAAUUUCAAAUUUAUUUUAGAUUUCAAGUCUUUAACCCGAAAUAAAAUUCUAAAACAAUAAA